GGUAUUGUUCGAUUCUGGGAAUGCAGAAACUAAAUUUGUGCUUCCGAAAUGAAUCGUGUAGCAUCAUAAAUGUCGUUCAAAUUAUUUAAUUAAGUUUUUACUGAAAGGAAGCGUUGAAAUAAGUUGUGUGUUGUAUAUGUUAAUCAAACACGUUGUAUUAAUUUGGAAGUACUAAUCAAAGCUUAUAUUUUUACAAUGGCUACCGUGUCUUGUGCACCGUCGCAUAGCAGCGAGACUGGUAGAGUGCUGGUGAAACCAAUUACUGCUGAACAGUCUAGUUUGAUGAUGCAGAUAAUAGUCAAAAUUAGUAUUUCAAACAUUGCAUUUACUCGCCGCUUAUGCCCAGAAAACAAUUUUAAGGAUAGAAAUAUCCAUGGUGUCAAUAUGAAGAUUCUCAGAGACGACACUGAAUUUGGUCGUCGCAUGCGUACGUGGAUGAAUGGAGCAUUUGAUGCCAUACAAAAACAGAAUGGAGCACACAACCAGAAGAAAUAUCAGCCAUUCAAUGAAAAGUCGGAAACUGGCGAUGGAACUGUUUGAGUCAUGUAAGAUGUUGGAUCAGUUUUUAAAACCUCUUCCAGAAGAAAAGUUAAUGACAAUGAAGCUAAUUUACUAUAAUGAGGUGACUCCUCGAGACUAUGAACCACUUGGUUUUGAGGCAUCAAGAAAUUCUGCGAUCACGUAUGCUUGUGAGGGGAUACCACAGAAAUACAGAGUUGGGUCUGUUGUAACAAAAUUUCACAAAACCAAACUCCAUUUGCAGUCUACGCUCAUAGAUAAAAAAGUUGUCAAAGAAUAUAAAAAGAACAAGCAGCAGCAACAGGUCACUGGUACUUCAAAAGAAUCACCAAAUGUAGUUAAUUCAACUACCGAAAGCUGUGCGUCUACAUCAACAGUUACAGAUAUUUGCAUCACUGUCCAACUAACCCCAGAACAGCCACUGCAGGAGCCGAUAACUGAGUCAAGUUCACAUGCGGACAUGUUACAGUUUAAUGUGCCAAAGCCACGACGAAGGCGGGCCAAGUCCUGUUCAAACUGCGAAACUCAUGCACUGGCAAAUCUCAAGAAGAGGAAAACAGUGAGUGAUGGAGCUCUAAAAGACAAAAAAAUGAAACGGAACACAAGUAUACAAGUAAGAAAAAUAGUUAAAAAAGCAAAAGCAAGAAAAAUGUGUGCAAACACAGAUAGUGAAGACAAGAUCGGUAACUCAGCUGUUCCAAGGGUUGUAAGAAGUAACAAAAAGACCGCUGAAGUGAAGAAUGAGACCGGUAUGAAUGAUUCAGAUGCCACUACAACAGAUAUGGAAAUUGGAGAAACAUUCACUGCAGACACAGAUGAGGAAUCAGGGUCCAGUAACUCAGAGUUCCAGAAGGAGCAAGUAAGCCUAUCCAAGUCAUCAGUGGCAACAGAAACUAUACGCAUAAGGGAUGAUUCUCCUGACCCAUCGGAAGUAUUUAUUAAGAAAGAAGUUAAUUGUUGUUGUUGGAAGAUGACUGAACAUGAACCAAUGAUUCUCUGCCAGCACUGCAAGAUGUGGCAGCACAGAAUUUGCUAUGGAAUAAUGGACGGUUGUGGAGGUGGAGAUUUUGAUGAGCAGAUGCAUUAUUGUGUGGAAUGUGCAUCUAUUGAUCAGUCCAAACCAUGUACUGAUAAAACAUUGCUGGGAAUGAAUUCUGAAGCCAGAAUGACAAUGACCUUGUUCCGGCGCGCCUUCGAGCUGUUACAACAUCAUGCCACCAUCACCGCGACCCUUAUGCAAAUGAAGCUGAUGCUGUCGAAGAAACUCAUACGUCAGCUGGUUGCCCAGCUGAUGGGCAAGGACAUCCUCGUGGCAGCAAACCCUGAAAGCACUACAUUUGCUGUGAACCAAGAGCAGUAUGGUGUAUGGCUAGGUCGAUUGAAACGAAAAGCAUAAACGCAAUCUUUUCUUGAACUGCAGGUAAAGUUAGUUUUUAUUGCCUUAAAAGUUGAUACAGUAGGUACAUCAGUAUCUCAAAUGUUGUUCUUAUUAGAGGUAGUAUAGUUGCAUUGUGUUUGUCAUGUCAUGUACCAGUCUUUUGGUAGUGUGUUCUGAAAGUGAAUGAUGAGAUAUUUUUCAUAUAAUAAGGUUGUGUAUAAGCAAAAAGCCUAAGAUAGAGAAUAGUGAUAGUUAGAAAUAAGAUUUAAGAAUGUUCUGCAUUGACUUGUAAACUAAAUAUACCCAUAUGCUUCAGUUAUAGUGUUAAUGUUUAACAGCUAGCAGUAGACUGUAUUUUACUUGUUGAUGUAAAUAACUGUAUGGCUAUGUUUUUAAGACAGUAAUGCUAUAAUUUUGAGGUUAAACAGAUAAGUUGGUUGUUCUCAAAAUUAUUGCCGUCAUGUUGGCUACAUAAAACUUAUAAUGUAUUGCUGUCACCCGACCUCUGUGGAAGGCCCGGGAAGUACCUGACGGAUGCUACGGGCGUCGCGGUGCUGCUAUUGUCCGGUGUCAGGGGGGGGGGGGGGGGGGGGCAGGCUUAGUGGGACACUAGGCCGUUGGUGAUGGGUCGCGGGUACUUUGCCCCCGCGUGCCCCGCCAGGUACGCGGCUUGAAAUCUAACCUGAAUUUCCCUGAGGCCGUUCGGCCGUGUGGAGGAUGGGGUGGCGCGAAAUAAUCGUAAGCGACACCGGUUAUGUUGGUUUGCGUUUAAUUAAUGGACUUCUCCGGUGGUACGCAUGGGUACUCUGUGCUCCCUAUGUGUACUCUAUGCGAUGGCAGAACCGCUACUAACACUGCGAAUGCGUUAUGCGGCGUCUGAGCCGUUGUACAGUUACAUUAACAUACGCUGAUUACAGGACAAAACACGACACUAAUAUAACACAAGAAAUUCGUCGCUGCAGUCUCGCGGGGCGCAGUUACUAAUGUUCUGGAAACGGCCAGUACUGAAAGUUAACUGUCUUAGGGGGCUCAGUGAGCGUGAUCCUAAAUUACACCUUACACUUACUUGAGGUUUGCAGCCGGCAGGCGUAUGCGCGGCGGUCUUGCGAAAGCGUGUUGGCUGGAGUCGGCCAGUGCCGUACGUUGCGCUGUACGUGACGCGUUGCAGAACCACUAAGUAAAACGGUCGAGAUAAGCCCGGGUCCGCAAGAUACACGCCGAGUCGACGUCAGCAGCUAUGAAGUAAAAGAAAAGGUUUAGAUAUUAACAUGACUACAGAAUGAACUAUCGGUGAAACAAAGUGGAAGGCUGCUCACGGACACACGUCUUGACCCGGCGUGGAGUGGUUGGAGACUGUAAAUUUAUUCACAUAUUGUCUCACUGUGAAUUUUUUUUAGUGGGAUUUCUCCUAGUCCGACUUGAUCAUUGUCACGGGCACUU